AUGGGCAGAAAUAUGAAUGUCGUUAUUGUAAUGCAAGGCACGGGAAAUAUCACUGCACUUAUCCCGAAUGUGGAAAAAAAAUUCCAUUCCUCAAUGGGAUUUCGAUACCAUAAAGAAGUGCAUCAACCUAAACUUCAUUGUGGAAUUUGUAACAAGUUCUUUACUUAUAAGAUUACACUAAAGAAACAUUUGGAAUAUUCCCACGGAUUUGGAGAUGUGAAAAAGCACAUGUGUCCAGAUGCCAACUGUAAUGAGACUACAUGGGACAAAACUAAAUGUUUAAAACAUCUCCAAAAACACAACGAACUAUCACCU